CCAAGCUUGACGUAUGUCUGAAGUUUGAUGUACUGCCUUACUUUUCUGAUUUGGUGGAAAAAGUGCAUUCAUCUUUGUAUCCUUUCAUUGUUUUAUCUUACUUUUAAACCAACAAAAAUAAGAAGAAAAAAGAAAAAAAUUAUUUUAACACAAAAUGAGUGAACAAGACGUUAUACAGUUUGUUGAAAUUACUGGAGCUACCCCCGAUGACGCUCAAAGGUUUCUAGAGAUUGCAGAUAAUAAUUUGGAUACUGCAGUUACUUUAUAUUUAGAAAGUGGAGGAAGUUCUGCUGGUGGUGGUGGUGAAGCCACUAAUCAAAACAAUACCAGACCUGCUUCUUCCACCAGUAGUACAAAUAGCAACAGUAACAAUCGCGCCUUUGACGAUGAGACACUUGCCCGACAAUUGCAGGAAAGUGAACGUGACAAUGUGCGAGCACCCAUUGCGCCCAAAACAGAUAUUUUGGCUGGUGGAGGGCCAAGUUUAUUCCAUCCUCCUGCCUUAUCUUCACAUAGACAACAGAGCACACGUCCUUCUGUAUUCAACCAAGGCGAUUCUGCUACUGGAUCAGUUGCGGAUUUUGUUAGUAGACUACAAGCUGAUGGGCAAUCUUCAUCGAGUUCACCGGACACAUUUGGUAGCCCAACAACAGCAAAAGCCAGACGAUUAGCAGAUUUAUUUAGACCACCUUUCGAUAUUAUGUUCAGAGGCUCUUUCGAAGAGGCUAAAGAAGAUGCAAAGGAGAAAAAUAAGUGGUUGAUGAUUAAUAUCCAAGAUCCUUCAGAAUUCUCUUGUCAAGUACUAAAUCGAGAUUUAUGGAGUGAUCCGUUCGUAAAAGAUAUCAUAAAAGCCUCAUUUAUAUUUCUCCAGUAUGCAAAUACUAGUGCAGAUGGUGUUCGAUACGCAAACUAUUAUUCAGUGAGGAAAUAUCCUCAUGUAGCCAUAAUUGAUUCAAUAACAGGCGAAAGCAUGAAAGUUUGGGAAAAAUCCUUGUCGCCUACUGAUUUCAUGAUGGAAGUGACCGAAUUCUUAGAUCAUCACCCAACGGCCUUUUCUACAACAACAAAUGAGGUUGCCAAUAAACGAGCAAAAGUAUCAAAGAGGGUAUCCGAUAUGACGGAAGAAGAACAACUCAAUGCAGCUAUCGCAGCGUCUCUCAACAACAGUAAAUCGCCAAGUACUCAAACGUCGUCACGCACUUCGUCCGUUGCAAUGGAUGAGGAUAUAAAACUGGGUGAAGAUAAGGAUAAGGGUAAAGACAAGGUGCCAGUGCAGUCAGAGGACGUGGAACUUGAAAAAGUGGAAGCAGAUGAUGAUGAGGAUAUGCAAGCUGGUUCAGCCUUCGAUGCCAUCCAACCCGUAAAGAGGGAUGAAACAACAGAUAUGACAAAUUCAACACGUAUCCAGUUGAGAAUUGGCGAUGGUAGCAGAAUUAUUCGACGAUUCCUAAAGACCGAUCCAGUGAGAUACAUAUUUGAAUUCGUGAAGGCAGAUGUACCCGGAGCGCAGGAUCAAGCUUUUGAAUUGGUUUUCAAUCGUACACAACUGAUUGAUGUGCUGGAUCAAUCUAUAGCAGAAGCAGGCUUGAGCAAUGCAGCAGUGAACUGCGUCUUUGUAUAGCUUUACAGACACAAUAAAAAUCUUUAACGUAUAGCAUACCUAUUCUUGAAAAUAUUCUAAACACUUGUGAAUAAAGCAACAUAUUUUGAGAACUGAGUACAGCGACUGUCGUUGAUCAUAGCUCCAGAAAAGGAGAUAAAUAUGAACG